CGCAAUGAUAAAGCCGCAGGAGCACGGUGAGCUUCUAUUGCGCGACUCCCUGCCGGUGUUUGGGAAGCCGUGGUACUGGCACCGCAGCAACAGCACCAUGGAGAGCACCCGCAGCCUGGCGCAGGUGAUCAUGGAGAUGCGGGACGAAAUCAAGAAGCUGGAAGCGGAGAACCGGGAGCUGCGGGGAGACUUUGGUCAGCGUUCACUUGCGGCCAUGCCAGGAGAAGCUAGUCCCGUGUCAUCAGCAGUUAAGAAGCAGGCUGACAAGGAUGAUAACCCUUAUGUGAACCUGAGGCGAAAUGCGUCUGCGCCGGUCCUGGAGGGACAAUACAAGGAAAACACUAUGAUGACUGUUCGGAGGUACUCUACAAGUUCCAACCUGUCUGGUGUGACUGUACGGGACGGAAGGAUUAACAGGGUCCGGCCAAGCAACUCUGGUUGGGAAAGACUGCAAGAAGAAAUCCAACAUGGGAAAGGUGUCUUUGGUAACUCAACGAAGGAAGACGUGGGAAAAAUUACCAACCGGCACUCCCUGCAGGAAUAUGUUCAUAAAAACAGGUCCAAGGUGAAAACUGUCACCUUCCUUCUACCUGUGGAUGACAUUUACACCAGUCGACCAGCUCUGACCAAACACCAGGAGGAUCCUAAACCGUCUGACCUGGAUUCCAUAACUGAGACGGAUUCUUGAGAAAACAACCAGACUUUAAAUGAGGCAAAAUUCAGACAUGAACUGAGCCUCUGUGGCCUGCGACAUGUGACAGGUUGGCCUCUUCAUCUAGGCCAACGUAUACUGGGCUCUUAGUGAGUGAGCCAGCAGACCGAUUUUUAUCACACCUGACCACACAAACAGAAGACUCUGGUUACAGGUGUUGUUUUCAUGUGACCAUGGUCAACAGUGAUGAAGCACAGAGCCCUCCGGAGCGAGGAUCAGAUAUCUGGUCUCUUCACCUGACCCGGGGUGUUGCUUGAGAGUGACACACACACCUA